GUGAAGGCCAAAUUUAGACGCAUGUCUGUUGCUGUUUUGGGCAUGGGAAGUGGGACACUCAAGUUCAGAUUGGGUGCAGCUAAAGUACUGGCACAGCAGUACGAGACGCGUGAUUUCCCUGGAACUGUGUUUCACAAGGUGAGAUUACAGCCUUUGUUUACUGUUCAGCGAAGCGUGAAUGAUUCAUUCGAAGUGGCAGAUGAAGUGUCGCUUGUGCAUGCCCUAGUUCAGCCUUUCUUUGAAACUAACAUAAAGUUAGUUUCUUGUGGUGUAUAAAUGUUGAAUCCUGCGUGUUCAGCUGUUAGAACUGUAAAAAAAUAUUCAUGUUUCUGUGAAAACAACUACCUUGAAAAAGAAUUGAAUUCGCUGUAAGUGCAGCAGAAGUGUCUUUCUGGAAACUGACCGUCCACUUCAACCUUUCAUACAAGAAAUGGACCUAGAUGAGGAAGAUGAGCUUCUUGAUGCUGCAAUACAACUGAGCAUUGAGGAAUCCUGCAAAGAAAUCGCCUCCCUCGGAAGUGUGGAACACCAAAAAGUCUUGGAUGCAAUAUUCCGAGGUGACCUCUUUGCUCUGCAAGAACUGUCAGAUUAUCCUGCUGCAUUCACUGAGAUGGAUACCAAGGGGUGGUACCCAAUCCAUAGAGCUGCUAUCCAGCAGUCAGUGCAGGUGCUGGAGAUGGUACUUUAUGCUUCUUACAGGUUGAGUUUAGAGGAGGAAACCGCAGAUGGAGAAACACCCUUGAUUUUGGCGCUUAAAGCUGGGCUGGAUGACAACGUUAGGACUCUACUAGAACAUGGAGCUUCACCAAACAGGAUCAACAGCAAAAAUGAAUCUCCUUUACUGUUGGGGGCAUCGGUGAACCAAGUCUGUCCUAAACAGUGGACAGCCGUUCAUGAGGCGGCCAAGGUGGGCUGCACUGAUAUCCUCACGCUCCUGCUACAACACGGAGGAGACGUUUCGGAGACAAACGAGCACGGAGUGACGGCCAUAGGGAUUGCUGCGGAGUACGCACAAGCAGAAGCAAUGGACAUUCUUAUUCACUACGGUGCUGAUGUAAAUGCUCAGGCACCAAAUGGAGACAGCGUGUUAUAUGAUGCCGCUGGUUCUGGCAAUCCGGAUUGCAUUGACCUUUUACUUCAACACGGGGCUGAUCCAAAUGUGGCUAGUCUUUCCCUACAGCUUCCAAUCCACCGUGCUGCAUACAAUGGCCAUUACCUUGCAUUGAGAAUGUUGAUCCCAAUAACCACGAGGAGAGCGCUCCGUCUAUCAGGCCAGAGCCCGGUUCAUGCAGCUGCAGAUGGAGGCCAUGUCCGGUGCUUAGAGCUUCUGUUGGACAAAGGUUUCGACGUCAAUGACCUUCUAGAUCCACAAGUGUCUGAGAAAUACGGAGACCUGCGAAGGACUGCUUUGUACUUUGCAGUCUCCAAUGGAGAUGUGACUGGCACCCAAUUGCUGUUGAAUGCCGGAGCCAAAACAGACUUGGAUCCUCUGCACUGCCUUCUAGUGGCAGUAAGAGCUGGGCGGUACGAGGUUGUCAGGAUUCUGCUGGCCAGCCAAGCAGAUGUGAACUGUUACUUCACAGAGGUCAAUGACACAGUGUUUCCCACAGCCUUACAAUACUGCCUGAGGGAUGAGAUGAUGAUGCGAAUGCUAUUAAACAGUGGUUAUAAUGCAGACAAAUGCUUCCGUUGUCCUCAUGAUUCAACAUGGGGCCGCUCCACAGAACAGACCAGCGAGCAGAUUCCAUUUUGUGAUUUCAUCAGCGUGUCCUGGCUAGUGCAGUUUGCAGCGAGAGCUGUGCGGGUUCUCCUCGACUACGUCAAUCAUGUUCCCAUUUGCUCUAAGCUGAAAAUGGUUCUUAAGAAGCAUAAAGACUGGGCUGAGAUUUCAGAAAUAUUGGGGAAACCACGUUCACUGCAACACCAGUGCAGACUGGUCAUCAGGGGACAGAUGAGCCCAGAAAGACUGGGCGACCCAGACUACAUAAACUCAGGUCCAUUCCCACCAGGACUAAAAAGCUACUUAACAUACAAAGAAUACGAUCUGUACGGGAGAAUUAUUUAUCAGGAAUGAUGGUCUCUUGUAAAUGUGAAGGCGCAAGCACUUUGAGUUUAAGUUAGAAAUGAAUAUAAAGUUGACAUGACCAGAGAUUUCUCGUGUUGUAACUCAUGGGUUUAAAACAAAAACUUCCAUGUUAAGUGUUUUUAGCACUUUGUCAAUGAACACGGAAAUGUGAAUAUUAUAUCAGAGGACUUUGCCUCUUAAGCAAAGUUUUUUAUGAUAUUUGUGCAAUAAUAAUAAUAAUGUUCAAGCUACUAAGAACAACAUGUUUAUAUCAGAUAAAUAAUAAAUGAAUUGAUGCCUGUUGAA